AUGGCGAAUAACCAAAACGGCAACAUUAAUAAGAUGGGAAUUUGCACAAUUCUGCGUUUGCCUUUUACGGCACGAAACGGCGUGGCUAUGUCGAUUGCUGAUGUCAUCACCCACACGAGAAGUUGGGACGGUGCCCUCGGCCGACCGCGUCACAACAUGCUUCGGCAAACUUUGCAUUCGCCGAUGGUCCCUAGACAUAGCUCAUGGAAGUUUGAGAACAGUGCCCUACAGUUACUCCUCAUACUCACUCCGUUCUUCCCACUCUGUGUUGAAAUCCAACCGGGGAUCUCUGGUGGGGCCUGUAGUGUUGUUCCGUUGUCGGUGGCCGCCGCCAGUGCGGGCCGCGAGAGAGAGCGCGCCAAACGCUCCGUCACUAUGAUUGUGGAUUGCAAGGGCAGGCAGUUUCGACGGUGGACCGUAACAGAGAUAGAGGAGGUUAUGCAGCAGAAGGCGCCGGGGGUGCCUGAUAAAGUCCAACAAAUUCACGCCGGCUCCAACGCACAAGGAGUACGAAAACGUUUAUCGGCAAACUUUUUCAAGGCUACUUUUAGUUCGCGCAGCAAAGCGGUAUCAACCGCAGUUUCUUCCCGAUCAGUCGAAGACACUACAAAAAUAGGCAGCGCGGAGACUAAGCCCGUAACAAGAACUAGGCCUAGAUCAGUGUCACAAUUAGAAGACGCAAAAUCAAAAGCGAAAAGGGGUGUUGAGCGUUCCAAGCCCGUCAAUCGGUCGGACAGACCUCUGUACCCCGAACGGCCUUUAAGGGCAAAACAACAAGCAGCGGCCACUACUGAUCAAAAAUCUGUUUACGAACAUAAACCCCAAUAUGACUUGAAAAGUCCAAACGUCGUUUUUCAAAUCGUCAAAAAGUCUGUCACACCGAAGCAAGACCCGAAAACGCCGGACAGCAUUUUGCCGCCGUCUUUAAAACCAAAGAUUCCCGAUAAAACGAAACUUAAAUUGACCAAAUUGAUCAAUAACAACCAUGUCUGGAGUAACGCAAAUAUAGAAAAAGAUAAGAAAGCUCCACAAAUACCUUCAAGG